GCAGCAGCAGCAGCAGCAGCAGUAGUGGACGGAGCAGAGCCAGCAGGAGGAGGGGACGAAGUGAUGCCCGGGACCCGGGCAUUGGCACCGGCGACAUCAGCAGCCGGAGUCCAGCCGCAGAUGCCCGCCGGACCCGGCCCGACCCGCGGACAAACUCCACGAACUGAUCACCCUAGCAGAGGGACUGUCCAAAGACAAGAGAGAAGAGUGGGAGAAGAGAAAUUUUCAUUUAAGAGUCCGAUGCUGCAAGUAGCCGAAGUUGAAGAGUUUAAGGCUGGCUAUUAAAUUCGAUUUGCCGAAGUGUCUGGAGUCAGCUGCUGUACCAUCCAGUCAGAAGAAUUACCGUGCAUCGUGCUCUGGGUUCCACAGUGAGCUAACCAGCAUGAUUUUCCAGCACUCUCCCUGCUUGCUGUUCUCCAAGGGCCACUCUCCACUCCAGAGGUAUAGAUUCCACUGAGAAUACCUGAUGCAUUGCCCAUGACUGGAGAAGAAAGAGCACGUUACCCACUCGGCAAACCAGUAGGCUGGUUCGACCACACAGAAAAUGUUUGUUUGAACAGCUCAAAGUGAAUAUUGAUGGAUUUCCAUAAGGAUUAGCAGGAAAGACUGCAGAACAUGAAAGCCAUCUCUCUGAGGAAGAAAAAUAGAUGGAACACAGUGGGAGAAAAGCCUCUCCCUGAGACCCAUGACCCUGAGGCCCACAGCCAUUUUGCAGGGUCGAACUUUAAGGUUUGUUAGUAUUAUGCUGCCUCUCUGGGGCAAAGACAUGCACAUGCUUAGAAGACUUCUUGCUCACGAUACCGUCUAGACGUGCUGCAGAGACAAUGGCGUCCAAGGUCUCGUGUCUGUAUGUAUUGACAGUGGUGUGCUGGGCAAGUGCCCUUUGGUACCUGAGUAUAACUCGUCCCACUUCUUCCUACUCCGGCUCCCGGCCUUUCAGUAGCAUUUCCAUUGCCCGGAAGAAUGUUUCCUUCGGAAACAUUAGGACCCGACCCAUAAAUCCCCAUUCAUUUGAGUUUCUCAUCAACGAACCUAACAAGUGCGAGAAGAGUGUCCCCUUCCUUGUCAUUCUCAUCAGCACGACGCACAAAGAGUUCGAUGCCCGGCAAGCCAUCCGAGAGACCUGGGGAGACGAAAACAACUUUAAAGGUAUUCAGAUCGCCACCCUCUUCCUCCUGGGCAAGAAUGCUGACCCCGUCUUGAACCAGAUGGUAGAGCAGGAGAGUCAGAUCUUCCAUGACAUCAUCGUCGAGGACUUCAUCGACUCGUACCAUAACCUUACCCUCAAAACGUUGAUGGGCAUGAGGUGGGUGGCCACGUUCUGCUCCAAAGCCAAGUAUGUCAUGAAAACGGACAGUGACAUUUUCGUCAACAUGGACAACCUGAUUUAUAAACUCCUAAAGCCCACCACCAAGCCACGGAGAAGGUACUUCACCGGCUACGUCAUCAACGGAGGCCCAAUCCGCGACGUACGCAGCAAAUGGUACAUGCCGAGGGAUCUGUACCCAGACAGCAACUACCCUCCCUUCUGUUCGGGCACAGGCUACAUCUUUUCAGCCGACGUAGCUGAGCUCAUCUACAAGACAUCCCUCCACACAAGGCUCCUUCACCUCGAAGAUGUGUACGUAGGACUGUGUCUGAGAAAGCUGGGCAUCCACCCUUUCCAAAACAGUGGCUUCAAUCACUGGAAAAUGGCCUACAGCUUGUGUAGGUAUCGGCGAGUCAUAACCGUGCAUCAGAUCACUCCAGAAGAAAUGCACAGAAUCUGGAAUGACAUGUCAAGCAAGAAACAUCUCAGAUGUUAAAAUUUUUACAGCUGUAAAUACCUUUUUUUUAGAUAAAAAAAGCAAAAAACAAAAAACAGGCCUAUGAUGUUGAUGGUCUCCUGGGGUAACUAUGGGAAAUGAACUUUGGUAGGGGAUGAGAUGUUUUCCAGAAACAAUGGAUUUAUUUUUGUCCCUUUUCUUGUCUCUGGUUGCUGGUUUACAAACAUCAGGCUCUAGCCCUUCAGAUUUUUACCCAAGUUAACAGUGCCAGAUUACAAUCUCAGGGCAUGAGGUAUUGCUGCUUAUCUCAAAGAAGCAGCCCCUGAACCCAUACGCCCGAGAGGAGCCAUUAUUUUUCUGCUCCCCCGGUUUUGUACUGUACAUCUGAGAGGGCUAUCUGGCUCUGAGAAAUUGAGCAUCCCAGAAAUGUCUUUAUCUUUUCCCUGCAAAAAGAAAUCAGCCUCUGAGCUAUUAAUCUAUAAAUUUGCCCCUGCACCGGGGUCUAGGUAUCAGUGUGCAUGCCCUAUGUUGCAGCAGUCUUGAAUUUUUUACGUACCGUCACCUGUAAAGGGGUCAAUUUUUGCAGUUCCACCAAUGAUGAACUUGGGUUUGGCAGCAAGACAGGCAUUAGAUUGGCGAGACAGUAACUGGGGAAUCAAGCAUUCUGUAGGUUUUGGAAACAACUUUGCUUACUCAGCCAAGGUUUGAACACAUGGUCAGCAGGUGGAAUUUAUUUAGGAUGCUAUUUAAUAAAAUAAAUAGUAGCUCUCUUCUGUGCUCUUUCAGAGCAAACAGAAAACGGUGCCUCUACUGAUACUUGCCAAAUGUAAUCUUCCUUUCUCUCUCUCUACACUGUAUACAGUAUUUCUAAGUGUAUUCAGGUUGUCUGGAGAAAGUGGGCACAUAUUUCUGAGUGUGCAAAGUAAGCAUGGGUGGUUUGUGGCCACAGAUAAAUUGCGAACUUGAGACAAAAAAAGUUUAUGGAAGCAUUACAAAAAAAAAAAAAUGAUAGCUCUAAAGUAUAGUAUAAGAGGUACCAUCUGAAACACGUGGAAAAAGUAGCUGUUAGAAAUAUCUGUGGACUUGUUGAGCUCUGCAGUGAUUGCUCUAAUGGUAUUUAUGACAGGGCAAACUGUCAAGGUUAGGACUAGUGUUGUCAUUACGGUGGUAUUAUAUUGCAGGCACUGUGAUCUAGGGAAUACCACAAGGCUGGCCUCACUGGGUCCCUGUGACUGCACUGUAUCUCCCCCAUGCCUCUGUUUCCUCCACAGUACAAUGACAAAAAGAAUACCUUCUGCACAGACACUGUGAGAUGCCACUGGUGGUUUAAGUCCUUUGAGAUCUGAGGCCAAAAAGUGCUAUACAACAAAGGUAAAAUAUGGUUAGUAUUGUUGUGAUUGUUAGUGUUGUUCUGAUUAAGAUGAUGGCAUACCAGUACUAGUCACAGGCAGUUAAUAAAUUUUACAAUUCCCCCAAGAAUGUAUCGUUUCACUGAAUGAUACAGUAUCGGUCACAGAGUGACAUACUCCCAGGACCCGGAUACACCUGG